CGAAAUUAAAGGAUUUGUUAAAAAGAAAAGAAGAAAACGGGGAUCCGCGUGAGCUCAAGCAGAAAGUUCCUUGAGUGUGCCCCUUUCCUGAUGGCCAGACCGACCUGUUGCUCUUUGUUUGACUUUGCUGUUGAUCUGAAGCUUACUGAUGGCCUCAGGGAGAUUUCAGAGAUGCAGAAUCAUCAAGAAACCUUCCAUCUCCCUCUCAGAGAGGAAUUUGAUAAGAAAGAAACGGACGUAAGGCGAGAUGAGGCCGUGUCACUCGGAGACGUGUCAGACAGGAAGUUUUGCUCUGCCUGUCAGUGCUCGUUUGAAAGCCGCGAAGAGCAGAUGGAGCAUUAUAAACUAGACUGGCAUCGCUUCAAUCUGAGGCAGCGACUAUUGGGACGAUCACCAAUCACAGUGGAGGAGUUUGAAAAAAAGACAGGAAUGGGUGACAUGUCGAGUAUUUCAGGUUCAGAUGAGGAUGAGUCACAAAGUGAUGAGGAUGAUGGUGGUGGUGAUGGCGUUAUCUCUUCUGGAGGUCAUUUAUCUACCAGGGUUUUGCUCCAGAAUUCUCAGGGACAAUAUUAUUGUCUAUACCGUUGUGCAGUACAAGAAAAGACAAUAGACAGUGAGGCAAAUUUGGUGGAUUCUCUGCUGAACAUCUCAGACAAGACGGUGUGGGUGAUUCUGAUGACGGGUGGUGGCCAUUUUGCUGGAGCCGUUUAUAAAGGGAAAGAGGUCUUGCAGCAUAAGACGUUCCAUCGUUACACGGUUCGCGCAAAACGAGGAUCGGCUCAGAGUGUCCGUGACGCCCAGAAUAGAUCCCAUGCCCCCAAAUCAGCUGGAGCUUCUCUCCGUCGCUAUAAUGAGGCAGCACUGAUGAAGGACAUUCAGGAGUUGCUGAAGAUCUGGGCUGAAUAUUUAACGCAGGCUGAUGCCAUUUUCCUUCGAACCCCUAAAUAUAACCGGAGCGUGUUCUUUGGAGGCCAUAAAGCACCACUGGCUAAAAAGGACUCAAGAAUUCGAUCGAUUCCUUUUGCUACUCGUAGAGCCACAUUCAACGAAAUAAAACGUGUACAUGAUGUCCUGUCAAUGCUGCAAACUUAUGAUAAGACCACAGAUGUUUCCAGCAUUCUCAGUUCAACCAAGAGAAUUUGGCAGAAAAAACCUUCAAAUCCAGCCAAUCAGAAUGCAGCAUCAGCUCACCAUGCAGACCAACUGCAAGAUGAUCAGGAGGACGACGAGGAGGAGGAGGAGGUUUCUGUGGAGCUGCAGAUGGAGGAUAUGUCUUUAACUACUUUAGAUUUAAGGGAACAUGAAGUCAAACCUGUCAAGAAGAAACGACGGAAGAGGAAAGAGAGAAAGCUAGAGGCAACAGAGAAAGAGGGGAAACCCACAGAGAGAGAAGACCUCAAGGACGAGACUGGGAAUGAUAAUGUGGGAGACGAGAGAACAAAAGGCAAGAAAAAUCUGAACAAACAUGAUGAAGAAGAUGAGGCGUGUGUGUCGUGGGAGUUUAGCAUCAGAGACACUCUCUACACCGCUUGUAAAACGGGUGACAUGGAGGCAUUACACACACUCCUGAAUCAGGAAACCCACAUGUUGAUCCGACUUCUCAACACACCCAUCGACUCAGCCGGAUACACACUUCUGCACGUGGCAUCAGCAGCUGCACAGAAACAUGCUGUUAAACUUUUAUUGGAGAUGGGAAGUGACCCAACAUGCAGGGAUAGGAAAGGCCAGACCCCAUAUGCAGUCGCCCCAGACAAAGAAUGCAGAAACAUGUUCAGGAAAUUUAUGGCUGAACAUCCAGACAAAUACGACUACGCUAAAGCUCAGGUUCCAGGACCGCUGACGGCUGAAAUAGAGAGCAAGAAGAUGGAAAAGAAAAAGGCACAGAAGGCAGCCAAGAAGCAGCGUGAGAAGGAGCAGAGAGAGGAGAAACGACAAGAAGAGGAGGAGCAAGAGGAGAAGAGGAGGUUUUUAGCACUUAGUGACAGAGAAAAGAGAGCAAUGGCUGCUGAAAGACGACUGGCGGCGCAGGUAGCCACAACUGGAGCAACACUCACUAAUAUCAGACGAUGCUGGCAGUGUGGAGAGUCUCUGCUGGGAAAAGUGCCAUUUGAAUAUCUAAAUUACAGCUUCUGCUCAACACGAUGUGUCCAAACACACCGUAAAAGCAACAGCGGUGCCAAACACUAACUUUAGGGAGAGAUAUUAAACUACUACUGCCACAACUGAAGAACUUUUACUCCAAUUCAGCCAUUUUUGCCUUAUCAUUUAUUUUAUAAAUGCUAAUAUAUUGCGGUGUUUAAAUUUAAUGACGGAAUUAUUUAUGCAAUACUGACUAGCAUCUUUAUUGCAAACAUGAUCAAAGAUGUGAUGGAAAUAAAAAAGUCAUAAGCA